CAACGUGAGGUUUUCCUCACAAUUUGGUUUACUUAGAUACUUACAAACAUAUCGAAAUUGCCCGACAAUAACUCUUUUUAGGAGGUAUUUCAAAACAGGGUUAUGUCGUUCAUUUGCCAAAACGAUGCAGUGUAAAGAAAAUCGUCCCUUGCUUGAGUAUGUUCAAAAAGUGGAGAAAUCAUAUGCAGGAGAACAAAUGCCYAAGAAUAUAAAGCCUGAACGAAGAGGAGGACAACUUAAUCACUUUUUGCAUAAUACACGUCCACAGAUUCUAGGAUUUGAUGUCACUCAAGUGCAGCAAAGGGUUGAGAUUUUGGAAUCGUUUGGAAUGGCUUCAAAAGAUGCACUUUCUGUUGCCUUUGAGGUUCCAUCUCACUUGGAAUUCAAGAGAGAAACUUUAAAACCACUUGGUGAACUACUCAAUAAUUUAGGAUGUAAUCUCCCUAGGCUUUUCGUCAAAGCUCCAUAUAUCUUUGGUAUUGAUUUUUCUACAAUCGACUCAAAUGUUAGACGUAUAGAAUCUGUAGGCAUAAGUAGAGAGGUUAUAGGGAAAGCCAUAGACACUAAUCCUUUGGUUGUAGUAUAUCCAGUCUCAGAUAAGGCCUGUGAAAUAAUCAAAGGUCUAUUAUCAUCAUGUGAAUUUGACGAUGAAUUCACUGACAGCAAUAAUUCAGAUUUUAGGAAAAUUAAUCAGAGUGAAUUUGCACUGCGCCUGUUGCUGCAGCCAUUUGAUGGAGCAAGGGAGCAAGUGGUACUUGGUGACAAUUUUAAACAAGCUGCAAACUUCUUAAAGGAAAUUCAGGUUUCACCGUGUCUGAUGGUGCUCAGUUGUCCAGCAUUCUUUUCCACAGAUGUUGAGAAAUUGUAUGAAGCAGUGGAGUUCUUCACAAGUAGACCUUUGCUUUUUGAAAUUGGGAUAAUUCAAAAGAUGAUGUUUACCAAAACAGAAGUGUUUUUGAAUUUUGAUAGGAAAGUCUUUGAAGAGAGAGUGAAGCUUCUCAAAGAAAUUCUUAAUACGCCAAGGCAACUUUAUGUACUUCUACAAAAAUAUUUCUUUUUCCAAGGAAAUGAAGUUGAGCUAGAGGACAAUAUCAAAAUCCUUAAAAAAUAUAAAUUCCCAAAUGAACAAAUUGCAGAUAUUCUAACGGCAAAACAUUUCUUUACCUCAGGUGUGCCUGAUCUUGAGAAAAAACUUAAGUUUUUGCUGUCUGUUGAAGGUAUCAAUGUAGAUCUAAUAGCAGAAAACUCCCACUGCUUACUAAAGACUCUUAAAUCCCUUGAAAACAGGGUUUCUUUUGCKAAAAAAUCAAAGAAAGAACUGUUAGAGAGCAUCAACAUGGAYAGUUUGUUUCUGUCAGAUGAUGUAGUAUUUGCGACUGUCAUUUGUGAGAGUUCAGUUGAGAAGUAUGAGGAGUUAACAGGUGAAAUCAUCUCUCAGAAGAAAUCAAAAUCAAGACAGAAAAGGAUGAAGGGAACAAAUUGAUUGAGUAUUCACACUUAUUUCUGAUGAAGCGCACAUGUAAAUACAAAGAGGAAUAAUCCUAAUUUGUUGAUAUCAAUUCAGUCUUGGGUUCCCUGUUUUAGAAGAUUGGAAAGCCUGGUAUUAUACCUGGUAUUACAUUAUGCUAUCAGCAAAAGAACAGAACAGAGCCAGAACACCAUAAAGCUACAAUUGACUUGUAGUUGUAUGGCCAGUUAGGCUGUUGUACAAACCUGUUUUAGUGGAUAAGAUGUAAGCAUGUUACCAUGGAAAAUCAAUAAAAUGUUUGUAAUAAAAGCACUGGAUUGCAGGYAUUUUGGAAUCCAAUUAUUCCAUUU